AUGUCUUAUGUAGAUGAUAGUGACACAUAUGAAGAGGAGAUCGAUGAUUUGUCUGAGGACAUUGACAGUGAAUUCGAGACCGUGGAAGACUACGACCCGUUGGAAGCUUCGUUAAUGAUGGGGGCCCAAUUUCAACAACUUGUAAACAUUUACGAGAUUUCAUCGUCCGCAUUUCCCCCAUUAAGAAGAAUCCCCUGCCGAGAAUCCACGUACUCAGGUUUGGACUGGGACUGCAUUGGUGCAAUUGACGGGACUAUUAUACCUGCGUGGGUGCCAGAAGGACAACAGGGUUCCUACAGAUGUAGGAAAGGGUAUUUGGCGCAAAAUGUGAUGUUGGCGUGCGAUUUUGACCUAAAGUUCACUUUUGCUCUAGCGGGAUGGGAAGGCAGCACAAACGAUGCACGCAUUUUCAAUCAGACGUUGUCGGACCCCAGAUAUAAUUUCCCCUAUCCACCGCCCGAGUGGUUGGGGUCUAACCAAUUGCCCGGCAAUGCUCGUGAGUUGUUUAACAGACGACAUGCCACUGUCCGUAAUGUUAUUGAACGCAACUUUGGUUUGCUAAAGGGGAAGUUUCCAAUGAUAAAGGGGUUGAUGCCAAACUACAAAGUUCACUCCCAAAUCGACAUAGUAAUAGCAUGUUGUGUCCUACACAAUUUUAUUCGGAUGCAUGAACCGCUCGAAAACAUGCCGCCUGAAUUCAGCAACCCAGAGUACGUACGACGACAUGAUCCAACUGAUUGGACUUUCCCUUUUAUGUCGAGUAAUAACUCCAACGUCGGCGGUGGUGAGCAUUGUGUGUUGCGUGACAACAUAGCCCAAGCGCUAUGGGCGAACCGAAGAUAA